AUGGAUAGAUCUUAUAGAAAACCCUAUAUCUGCUUGUCGUUUAAUUUCUCGAAACAAUAUUCUGCCAAUGGAACAUGUUUAACUUCUGUGAGUAUGUCACCUCCCUCUGACUUCUAUGAAAGAGUUAAAUUUUUCCUGACUCAUAUUGUCAUACAUGUCACACAUUAAUAUUCUGAGGAGAUCCGAAGUACACUUGUUAUUUUGAUUUCUCAAUCUCACAAGCUCAUUUAAGUUUUGCACCCCUUUAUGACUACCACUCACUACUCACCCCACCCCUCCCCAUCGAACGCACUCCCCAAAUUGGUAAUUAUUACCAGUAUAAACCUAUUGCGUUUUUUGCUCUUCUCGUUGCCGUCACCGUCACCGUCGUCCAUGCUCAAGCUCCCUAUUGUUGUGAUCUGGUAAUUUUGCUACCAUGGUAAUGUGACGUCACACGUCUCCUCUCUAUUUUAAAUAAUUUUAAGGUCAUCUUUCCGGAACAGCUAAGAACUGUGCUGAACUAUACAAAGCUGGCAAAACAAUCAGCGGUGUGUACACAAUCGACCCUGAUGGUGAAGGUGCCUUUGAUGUGUUCUGUGAUCAAAACACAACCGGAGGGGGAUGGACAGUGUUCCAGAAGAGACUGGACGGCUCGGUUUCUUUUUAUCGUUACUGGGAUGACUACAAAAAUGGGUUUGGUAACCUGAAUGGUGAGUUCUGGCUUGGAUUGGACAAAAUUUACCGCCUGACGGAAAAAAAACGCAACCGCCUUCGAGUCGAUCUGGAGGAAACUACAGGCGACACUGCUUACGCUGAAUAUGACAUGUUUGCACUUACAAACGAAACGACUAAAUACAAGCUCAGUCUAGGAAUGUACUCAGGUAUCGUGCUUGGAAUGUAUAUGAUUUUGAUAUACAGUAUUUUGUGCUCGUGUCUUAAUUAUUCGUUGUAUGUUUGUUCAGGUUAGCGGUUUCUUGCAAACUUGAAAACUUUUCUAGUAAGUUUCAAAAGGAGCUCAGUUACUUUCCAAACGUAGCCCCUAUCUUGCACUUCAUUCAUGUAUUCCACUCCAAACAUUCCUGGUAAAAUGACCUUGUAUGAAUCCUAGGAACUGCUGGUGACUCAUUAACGUCGUUUCAUCGAGACCAGCCGUUUAGCACUAGAGACCAAGAUCAUGAUGCCGACCCAGAAAACUGCGCUGUGACCUACAGAGGAGCCUGGUGGUACUCUAAUUGCCAUCGUUCAAACUUGAAUGGUUUUUAUUACAAUGGUUUACAUUCAUCAUUUGCUGAUGGUGUCAACUGGUAUACAUGGAAAGGAUAUAAGUAUUCUGCCAAGAGAGCUGAGAUGAAAAUCAGACCGGUCAACUUUUAG